AUGUCUUCAUACGCGAUCACUGGCGCCUCUAAAGGCAUCGGCCGCGAAUUCGUGCGCCAACUCGCCGCCGACUUAGCCAACACAGUCCUGGCAGUCGUGCGAGACCCCGAAUCAGCCGAAAUAUCAGAUCUCGCAUCCAAGCACUCCAAUGUACACAUCAUCAAAGGCGAUGUCACGGACCCAAAAUCCAUUCUAGAGGCGGCCACAACCGCAGCCGCCAUUACUGACGGCAAGCUCGACGUGCUCAUCCACAAUUCCAACGCCGUUGAUAAGGCUAGCAUGGCCUCUACCCCAAGCCAACUACCAUUCGACGCUCAAGCAAUUCAAGAAAUAUUCAACCCGUCGCUCAACACAGCUAUCUACGGCGGUCUAUGGGCGACGAACGCCUUCCUACCCUUGAUCGAGAAGGGAGUGCAGAAGAAGAUCGUGCACAUCUCUAGCGGCAUGGCAGACGUAGAGCUUAUCAAUAAGGCCGGUAUCAGUAACGCCGUUGCGUAUUCUAUUGCAAAAGCGGGAAUGAAUGUUGUGGUUGCGAAAUAUGCGGCGGAGCUUGCGCCCAAAGGGAUCAAGGUUUUGGCUUUGAGCCCGGGGUGGGUUGAUACAUGGGAGGGUGAGAAACCCGCUGGGGUAGUAUACGCAAAUGAGCUCUUGCUGAAAAAGUUCCAGUUGGUUGAGCCUGAGCUCAGGGAGCAGAUCCAGCCCGAAGAGAGUGUUAAGAAGUGUCUCCAGGUGAUUGAGCGCUUGGAUGCUAAGUCUAGCGGGUUGUUUUUGAGUCAUAAUGGGGAUAAGUCAAGGUGGUUUUGA